UGGGCGGUGCUAAAUGGGCUCUAGGGUUGCUGAUCAUGGUGUUGAAUUUGGGAGCUGCAAUUGUGAAUGCCAUAUCAUGUACAGAUGCAAUAUCAACUUUGAGCCCUUGCGUUCCUUUCUUGAUUGGUUUGCCACCCACGCCAAGUGAUGCCUGUUGUGCAGCUGCACAGAAACUGGACAAGCUAGCUUCUACAUCCCCUGCUCAACGCAAGAAUCUUUGCAAAUGUUUCGUGGAAGCUAUAAAGAUAUUCCCUGUUAACCUUGAGAAAGUUCAGCGACUUCCCAAGCUUUGCAAACUCCAUGUCACCCUUCCUAGCAACCCUAAUGUCGACUGCAGCAAGUUUUGAUUUAACAGUGAAGAACUUGUUUACGAUGGUGAUAUCUAUCGAGGAAAAUAAAGUUGGAGGCUAAAUUGUCAGCUUUUCUUUUCACACAUGAAUCUAAUUCACGUAGGAAUUAAUAUGUCACUUGUCUUCUGU